AUCCAUCCCACCACUCUUUUAGCACCUGCCCCCGUUGCUUGCGUCCAACUCAACUCCACUCCUCCGCCUCCUCCUGCUCCCGCUCCCAUCUGCUGCCGCUCUGCUCGCCUGCGAUCGCCGCGGCCAGCCAGCCAGGCCCGCCAUGGACGAGGAGUACGACGUGAUCGUGCUGGGCACGGGCCUUAAGGAGUGCAUCCUCAGCGGCCUCCUCUCCGUCGACGGCCUCAAGGUUUUGCACAUGGAUAGAAAUGACUACUAUGGAGGAGAUUCCACCUCCCUCAACUUGAACCAGCUCUGGAAGAAGUUCAGGGGGGAAGAAAAACCACCGGCGCAUUUAGGUGCGAGCAGAGACUACAAUGUAGACAUGGUUCCAAAGUUUAUGAUGGCGAAUGGGACUUUGGUUCGUACUCUCAUUCACACUGAUGUGACGAAAUAUCUGUCUUUCAAAGCUGUUGAUGGAAGCUAUGUCUUCAGCAAAGGGAAGAUUCACAAGGUUCCUGCCACUGACAUGGAGGCUCUAAAAUCCCCUUUAAUGGGCUUAUUUGAGAAACGUAGAGCAAGGAACUUCUUCAUUUAUGUCCAAGAUUACAAUGAUGCUGAUCCAAGAACACAUCAAGGAUUGGACCUUACAAGGAUGACAACUAGAGAAUUGAUUGCGAAACACGGAUUGAGUGACGAUACUAUAGAUUUCAUUGGCCAUGCGCUUGCUCUUCACAGGGAUGAUCGCUACCUAAGCGAGCCAGCAAUUGACACUGUUAAAAGAAUGAAACUCUAUUCUGAGUCUCUUGCACGGUUCCAAGGAGGCUCACCUUAUAUUUACCCAUUGUAUGGGUUGGGUGAGCUGCCACAGGCUUUUGCACGUCUAAGUGCUGUUUAUGGUGGCACUUAUAUGUUAAAUAAGCCAGAGUGCAAGGUUGAAUUUGAUAUGGAGGGGAAAGUGUGUGGUGUUACAUCAGAAGGUGAAACUGCUAAGUGCAAGAAGGUUGUCUGUGAUCCUUCUUACUUGGCCAACAAGGUAAGGAAGAUUGGAAAAGUUGCACGAGCAAUUGCUAUUAUGAGCCACCCAAUUCCAAAUGCAAAUGAUUCCCACUCGAUUCAGAUUAUUUUACCACAAAAGCAACUUGGGCGCAAGUCAGACAUGUAUGUCUUCUGUUGCUCGUACACUCACAAUGUCGCGCCAAAAGGGAAGUUCAUUGCAUUUGUGUCUGCCGAAGCGGAGACUGAUAAUCCACAGUCCGAACUAAAGCCUGGAAUUGAUCUACUUGGUCCAGUAGAUGAAUUGUUUUUCGAUAUGUAUGACAGAUAUGAACCAGUCAAUGAACCUUCUCUUGAUAAUUGCUUUGUCUCACCGAGUUAUGAUGCCACUACUCACUUUGAGACGACUGUGACAGAUGUUCUUAAUAUGUACACACUGAUUACUGGAAAGACUGUUGAUCUUAGCGUUGAUCUCAGUGCUGCCAGCGCUGCAGAAGAGUACUAGAUCUCAAACCCAGCAUUUUCUUCAAGACAUACUUCCUGGAGGACGAGGAACACCACCGGAAUCCUACUGUGUGAUGGUCACGUGUGACAUCAGCUGCGUACUGCGUAGGGUUCCAGGUCCACGCCUGCUACCAGCACUAUGCGAAAUUAUUAUCUUUGGAAUGGUGCUGGGUUCCUUCAUUAACUUCCAUAUUGAUCCACUGGGUUGUAAACGUUAUUCUAUCAUAACGAUGGCUUUGACAUGUUAAUGUUCGUCUUGUCGAUGUAUUCUACAGUUAUACAUAUUGGUGUCUUGGAUGUAUUUUCCGUUUCGAGUAAGCUCAGUGUGGUUUAUUUUC